CAUGAAUAUUGGAAACCAAUCGUGACCACUUUUGGGGUGCUCCUAGCCAUCUAUCUGCUCUCUGGGUUUAUUAUUGCCGGAAAUAUUGUGAGACAAAGGAAGGCAGAUAUCAUGAUGACAGGAACGGCUUCAGAAAGAGUUGUUCUUCUUGAUCCGGAGUCCGGUGCGCAAGAUGGGCAGAGGCCUUUCGCUCAAGCAGAUUCGGCGAGCGCCAACUACGGCACCUCAGGACCAGGUCCCGGUCCAGGACUAGAACCCAAUAACAGACUGGACAAUGUGGUCAGGAAUGGAAGUAGUCCAACCACAGAGAGACGCUCAAGCCCUGCAAGGAGAAAGCCGGACUUGGAAGGCCAACUCAUCGUGAGCAGCGACGACGAGACCGACAUCGACAUGCUUGACGACAUCGAAUCAACCAAAGAGGUUUAUAGAACAAAGACUGAGAUUUAUGUGAGUGACCUAGCGCGGAAGAAAUCAAACACCUUGGAAAAGAAGUACAACAUGUACGCCUGGAAUCUUAUCACGGUGUCCAUAUUCUACGCUCUUCCGGUCGUUCAGCUUGUUAUAACGUACCAAGUGGUUACAAAUGUCACUGGAAACCAAGACUCGUGCUAUUAUAACUUCCUCUGUGCAAAGCCUUAUGGAUGGUUCAGUGCCUUUAACAAUGUGUUCAGUAAUACUGGCUAUGUCAUGCUUGGCAUUCUCUUCCUGAUGCUGGUGUGGAGGAAAGAAUACGCUCACAAGGCACGAGUCAAGGCUGGCUACAAGAAUGAACUGACCCAUGGUAUCCCUAAACACUAUGGUCUCCUCUAUACCUUGGGCUAUGCUCUCAUCAUGGAAGGUGUCAUGAGCGGCUCCUACCAUGUCUGUCCAAACAGGGCCAACUACCAGUUUGAUACCUCUUACAUGUACAUGAUAGCCUGUCUGGGGAUGUUGAAGAUGUACCAGCAGCGACAUCCGGAUAUCAACGCAAACUCUUACAAAUCAUUCGCCUUGUUUGCUCUCAUACUCUUCAUUGGAUUCCUGGGGCUGGUAAGUUUGUUUGAUAAUAAUAAUGUUUGGUUAUUGUAUAGCGCAUAUCACAUUAUAACGUCUCGAUGCGCUUCCAAAUAG